AUGGCUGGUGAAGAAAAACUACAAUCUCGAGUCGACGGCAGUAAAAUGACAGCAGAGCUUCGCAAGUUGAUGCGCAAAAUCGAGAAGGAAGCGGAAUCUACAUAUGCGGAUCUUUAUGCUAAUAAUAUUGAUCAGCUUUUGAAGCCUUCCUUCAUCGAGGCUCCGUUCUUAGGCAGCAAUUAA